AAGGGUUGUGGUCAGAGAAGGCAGACCGCAUUAACUUCCAAACUACUACUCGCUCUUCCUGUGUUCCUCACUCCAAUUGAUCCUAUGCUUCUGCUUCCUCAACAUGACUCCUUCCAAAUCUUGGUGCUCUCAGCAGCUCAGCUACGCCAUAAUUUCUCUGAUUCCUAAGAAAUCCUGAACUACAUGGAAAUGGAGACCAACAGAAACAGGCUCUUCAUCUAAGCCUGAACCACUCGCAUUUUCAACACCUCAGAAGUCUACGCCCUGUCGGUUGGUUUGGUGGAUGUGUGCGAUCUCUUUACGACUUCUCUUUCUGGCUGAACUUUCGACUUUUCAUACUUAGGGUUUGGAUAAUGGCUCCGACAGAGAUGAAAAUGCUGUAUCUGCAAUUUCUUCCGCUUUUCAUGUUACUUUGGUUGUCCAGAAUGGGCGCCUCGGACACUAUGUUUAACGAUUCAGUAAGUGGGCAUUCGGUUGUUUCCAGAAAUGAAAAUCCAGAAGGACGCUGCCCACAUGGUUGGUCUAUUAGCCCAAACAAGACUAAGUGCUAUAGAUUCAUAUCGAGCCCUAAAUCAUGGAAUGAUUCAGAGACCCAAUGUAAUGGUUUUGGUGGGAACUUAGCAGCUCUGAUAACAUAUCAAGAGUUUAGCUUUGCACAAGAUCUGUGUAAUGGAACUCUUGGUGGCUGUUGGGUUGGUGGCAGAGCGUUCAACUCCUCAAAUGAUUUUGUUUGGAAAUGGUCAGAUAAUGUUUCGAAAUGGAAUGAUUCCAUUAUUCCCGGCACAACUUUGCAAUCUAACUGCAAAAAUGUCUCUUGUCGCGUGAAUGAGUCGGUUGAAACAUGUACUUUAAUAUUUGGUGGACCAGCAACACCAUUUCUUAGGGAUGAGAAGUGCAACAGUUCUCACCCUUUUAUAUGCAUGAUAAAUCUAGAUGAUAGAUGCCAUCGCAUGCACUGCCAUAAGGAGUAUCUAGUUAUUCUAGCUGUUGUGAGUGGGUUGAUAUUUUGCACGACGUUAGCUGUGGUGAUUUGGCUUCUUGCCCACAAGAGGAGCAAGAAACGAAGAAGGUCGCGAAAGCCAUCCAACCCUGCAGCUUCUGCACUGGUACCGCCUUCGUGGAAGGUGUUUACCAAAGAAGAGCUAAGAUCAAUUACAAAAAACUUCAGUGAGGGGAACCGUCUUCUUGGAGACACAAAAACGGGUGGUACGUACAGUGGACUUUUACCUGAUGGUUCAAGAGUUGCAAUUAAAAGGUUGAAGAAGUCCAGCUUUCAGAGGAAAAAAGAGUUCCAUUCUGAAAUAGCAAGAGUUGCUAGACUUCGUCACCCAAAUUUGGUUGCUUUGAAAGGAUGCUGCUAUGACCAUGGUGACCGCUACAUUGUUUAUGAGUUCAUUGUUAAUGGGCCCUUAGAUAGAUGGCUUCACCAUGUACCAAGAGGUGGCCGAAGCUUAGAUUGGAACAUGAGGAUGAAAAUCGCCACGACUCUUGCCCAAGGAAUCGCGUUCCUUCACGACAAGGUCAAGCCACACGUGGUUCAUCGUGACAUCCGUGCAAGUAAUGUACUUCUUGAUGAAGAAUUUGGAGCACAUCUUAUGGGAGUUGGCUUGUCGAAAUUGGUAGCAUAUGAAGUGAUGCAUGAGAGGACAGUGAUGGCAGGAGGAACCUAUGGAUACCUUGCUCCUGAAUUCGUCUACAGAAACGAGCUAACCACAAAAAGUGAUGUCUAUAGUUUUGGGGUGCUACUGCUUGAAAUUGUGACUGGUCGAAGGCCAGCGCAGGCAGUUGAUUCAGUUGGUUGGCAGAGCAUUUUCGAAUGGGCAACCCCCCUUGUACAGGCUCACCGUUACCUAGAUCUCUUGGAUCCUCAUAUAACGGCCACUUCUACUUCUGAAAUUCCAGAGGCUGGUGUUGUUCAGAAGGUCGUGGACCUCGUGUAUGCUUGCACACAGCACGUCCCGUCCAUGCGCCCUAGAAUGUCACAUGUUGUUCAUCAGCUACAACAAUUGGCUCCCUCACUAUGAAGUAAGAUUUCAUAUUGCAAGAUUCUAACUUGGAACGAAGCCAGUUAGUUUAGGACAGGAUCCAAGGUAGGUAGUUAUAUUUAACCCAAUUUCUGAAUAGUUUUAGAAUGCUAGUCUCCCGUGGCACGGUAUGACCACUCCACUUUGAUCGAACUAUUGUGCAGUUUAAUAUGUAAUGGUAACAAACAAGAUUAUUUAAUAUAACUUCACAACCUAUUAAGCAAAA